AUGGCGGUGGUGGGAUAUGCCCUAGGAGGAGGAAAAAAAAAAAAAAAGAGAAGAAAAAAGAUGCCUACAAAAGUAGAGUCGCGCCAAGGGCUAAGCAGCGAAAAGCCCAAGAGGAAUAUGCCGCCGGGAGGGCCUACUCACGAGAGUGGAGGGGCAGAAAGGAUGGGCAAGGGCUACUUGGUAGGGCCGCGUACCAAAGAUUUGUCGGUGUGGGGCGGGCAAUGCGGGCAGGAACAUGCGAGCGCAGGAAGCCAAACGGAGGGCAAUAAGAAAUCAAAACUCAAAGGCAUCAAAAAAGAGCAGGCCCGGCGGGCAUCGUCGAUUGUGCCGGCGGGCCGCGUCUCCGUUGCGGCGUGGGCACGUCGCGGGAGGCGCCGGCGAUCGGCAUCCAACAAGGGGCGGGGCUUGUUGUUUGUUCUGGCUGGUCACUUAAAGUUCGGGGCGAGACGCGAGGAGGACGACUUGCCAAAAGUUUCUAGUAAAAAGAGUAGUAAGCUUAGUCACCGCGCGGUCGAGUUGACCGACGAAGAUCGAGCCAAACUGGAGCAUUUGCCCAAUUGGGUGAACCAAUUCCAAGAUUUCUUGGUCCAAGUAGACCAUAUCUCAGAGACCAACUGUCGAAGAGCUAUGCGACAAGUGGAGAAAAUGGCCACCGGUGUCGGUAUCACCUAUCGUCACUGGGAGAAAGGUAUCUGGUUCUAUCGAGGUACCCAGAUUGAUCCCUCGUUUGAUUUUGACAAACUAUACGAUGAAGCCGUAGAGUUGGAACGCGAGCACGGAAAGGAUCUGGGCAAUGGAUGGCUCAUGAGAC